CUGAAGCUCGGUUUCCUCAGCUGCCAUGGCUCUGGCAGGUCCAGUGGCCGGUAAGGUGCAAGAACGGCGCCACCCCCGGCGUCUGAGGACGCCGCGCCGACCGCUUUGAGACUGCAGGGCAGACAGGCGCCAAAGCUGGCGAGCCGGGCUCCGGUGUUGGGAGCUUCUCCCGGGGUGCGGAGCUCGGCUACCCCGAGCCCAGCGCAGCCCAAGAGAAUGAAGAAGCGUAAGGAGCUGAACGCCCUCAUCGGGCUGGGCAGCGGGAGCGGCGAGCGGGGCAGCGGGAGCGGCGGCGGUGGCCGCAAGAAGAAACACCCGAGGAAAGGUUCUGGCUCGGGCCACCGGCUCCUGCGCACCGAGUCCGCCGAGAGCAGUAGCAGCAGCUCUUCGGACCCAGAUUACGGCGAUGGCUUCGGGCUACCAGGCACUCGCUCACGCUUCGCAAAGAGUGACUACCUGCGAUGCUGCAAGUUUUGCUACCCAUUAUGUGCUUUUGUUAUUCUGGCUGCUUGUGUGGUAGCUUGUGUUGGUUUGGUAUGGAUGCAGAUUGCUCUCAAGGAAGAUUUGGAUGCUUUAAAGGAAAGGUUUCGAACCAUGGAAUCUAAUCAAAAACCAUCAAUCCAAGAAAUCCCUAGAUUAUCUGAAGAUCUGCUCAGUAAACAAAAGCAACUGGAGAAGAUUGAAACUGGGGAUAAGGGAUUAAACAAAAUAUGGGUAAACAUCACUGAAAUAAGCAAACAGAUAUCUUUCUUGGCUUCAGCAGUAAAUCAUCUCAAAGCAAACAUUAAAUCUGCUUCUGAUUUGAUUAAUCUUCCUAUCACAGUAGAAGAGCUUCAGAAAAGUGUUGCUACUAUAGGAAGCACUGUAACCAGUGUCCAUCGAGAUGUUGAGACUCUGCAGGCUGCAAUUGAAGAACAUAAGAAAACCAUAGAAACACUGCAAAGUGAUAUGAGUGAAAACACAAAAAGUGUUAGAGGAAAACAGAUGCCUUCAGCUUCCACUUCUCAUGUUCCUCAAAUAAGUGAAAAGAAUCUGACAGACAGCUGUAAACAGGAUAACCAGUAUCUGCAUACCUCUCUAGAGGAGGUAAACUCAACUUUAAUAUUAUACCAGAAACAGAAUGAUUUAAAACUCUUCAGUAUGGAUUCCACAGUCAACAAUUUAAGCUGGAGAGUUGCUUCAUUAGAAAAUCAUAUGGAGGGUUUUAAUAAACUGGAGAAAAAAGAAAACCUGACCCUCACUGUGGUGGGUGACUUAACUACCUCUGUGAAUGUAGAAAGUGAACCAAGAAAUGAAACUACUACUGAAAAUGUACAAAAUAUGGAGAAAAUAGAAAAUGGUGAGUCUCAGGUAUCCAAACUGAGAGAGAAGCUGCAGCUGAUCAAUGCUCUGACAAGCAAGCCCGAGAGUGACACUUCUGAAGCAACUAAAAAAG